GGUUCAAGCCAGCUGUUUAAUCCCUGGCGAAGUGCACACAUGACAGGCGCGCACUCUCCACAGUAGACUUUGGAAUCCACAGUUGCCAUGGUAAUGGUAGAGCGACCGACCACUCACUCACAUGGUUUCUUUCUCUCUCUCUCGCUCGCUCAAAUCGCCGUCGCCUUUCCAUCCGCGAAGGGAAGGCAGCUCCUCAUCUUCAUCCUCCUCCUCCUCCUCCUCAUCACCUUUGUUUCACGCCUUCUCAUUUCUCCUUCACUUUCGUUUCCCUUCCUUCCCUCCUUUUCUUUUCUCCGCCGAGCGCAUCCGGUGAGGAGGAGCGAGUGGCAAGCGGAAGACGGCGGAGGAGAGCUGAUGCAGGAGAUCGAGAGGAGCUGAACAAGGGCAGCACACCCAACGGCCGAGGCAAGGCCAGCAAACAACUUACAGCAUGGAGGCAAAAGGCACCAACCUCCCCUCAGCUCACACACAUUGCAACACUGACAAAUUAUCACAGGCAGUGUGCUCGCGCACCAUAACAAACACUAUACCUUACACACACAUGUGAUGGUGACGACGAUGAUGAUGAUGAUGAUGAUGAUGAUAACGACGGCGCAGAGCCAAGCUUCCUGGCGCGCCCGGUCCUGGCGUGGUGCGAGCGUGGCAUCCAGGUGCUGCUGACCAGCGUGGGCGCCUUCGCCGCUUUCGCCCUGAUGACGGUGGCCAUCGGCACCGACUACUGGCUGUACGCGCGGGCCUUCAUCUGCAACAGCACCGCCAACUCCUCUUCGGCACAGGACGACAGCGCCAAAGACAAGAAGGACCCCGGGGCCCUCACGCACUCCGGACUCUGGAGGAUCUGCUGCCUUGAGGGUCUGAAGCGAGGCGUGUGCUCGCAGAUCAACCAUUUCCCGGAUGACGCCGACUACGACCAAGAUGCCGCCGAAUACCUGCUGCGUGUGGUGCGUGCGUCCAGCAUCUUCCCCAUUCUGAGCGCCGUGCUGCUGCUGCUGGGCGCCGUGUGCGUGGCCUCCAGCGGCUUGGACAAAAGCAAAAGAAACGUCAUCCUGGGAGGCGGGAUUCUCUUUGUGGCCGCAGGCCUGAGCAACAUCAUCGGCGUGAUCGUUUACAUCUCAGCGGCACUCAGCGACAUCUCGCCCAAGAAGGACGAAGACAAGAAGUGGCACUACUCGUACGGGUGGUCCUUCUACUUUGGCGGCCUGUCCUUCAUCUUGGCCGAGAUGGUGGGCGUCCUCGCCGUCAACAUCUACAUCGAGAAGAGCAAAGAGCUGCGGUGCCGCUCUCGCGCCGACCUCUUCAAGAGCAGCACGCACGCUAUGCUACGCCUGCCCAGCUACCGCUUCCGCCGGCGCUCGCAAUCCAGCUUGCGCUCCACCGAACCGUCACACUCGCAGGAGACCUCGCCAGUCGGGGCCAAAACCUUCAGCCUGCCGCCGUCUGCGCCUCCCUUCUCUGUGGCCACCCUACCCAACCCCCACCACGACAGCGGUGACAUUUCCAUGUACACCCUGUCCAGGGACACCAAGCUGGGCAGCCUGGGCGGCGGCACGGCGCCGCUCUACGGCACCAUGGAUCGCGCCACGCUCUACCAGCUGCACAACUACUUCCCCAAGGAUGGCGGCGGCGGCGGAGGGGCCGCGCCCGUCAGUAGCGGCACGCUCCCGUCGCGCUCCAAGUCCAACCUGGCGGCCGCCGGCCAGAAUGCCGCCCCGCUGAACAGCGCCGCCUCCGCCGCGGGAUCCGCUGCCUCCGCCUCUGCCGCCACUGCGCAGCCGCCCAUGUCCGGUGCUACCAUGGAGCGGGACAGGGGCCUUGCGGGGACGCUGGACCGACUGACGGCCAAACGGGAUCGUGACAGCAAUUCGGAUACGCUCAACAGAAAGACCACGCCCGUCUGAAAGCUGAAUGGCGGGGGCAGGUAGAAAGCGGCGUUACGGUCCAAACGUGAUUGGGGACUGAGACUGGCUACGAAUCCAAGAUUGACCUGUCCUGACUUUUGGGAAACACUGCAGCCAUAAGGACUUUGACAUACAACGAAUGGACAAAACCACACACGCACACGCAUGGACACAUUCAUGAAACUACACACACACAUGCACA